CCGGGUGUUUACGCUUCCCGUUUGGCGACCCGUCGCCAUAAGUCAGACGUUAUUUAGCUGAACCAAAAUUUGGGUUAAAACCCAUUUUUCAUCCGUUUUCCUCUUUUGGAAAGCGGUUAACGCCUUGUGGGGCGCAACACUUCCCACGCAAAAGAAAAACUACGCUUUCCAAGGGGCGAGGCCCCGCUUUUUGGGCACUUGUUUUUUUUUUGUGUUAGCACACAGCUUUUUUUAACGAGACAUUUAGCUUGUGUCUCUGUUUUUCUCUCGUUUUGUUUGUGGUCAAUAUGUCGCCGUAAUGGGGUCUCCGCGUUUGACAGAAAUGAAUAAGGGCCUUCGUCGCCUUACCUGCAUUCACAACAGCCCGUUGUUCUCCCCGUUUCAUGCUAGAGAGCUCGAAGGCUCUUUCCUCGGAGUUCGGUCUCAAUAUGGAGAAAAACCCAAACCUCAACAACAGCAGCUCGAAGAUCCCGCCCCGCUCCAGCUCUACAGGCCCGACUCCUGCAGACUCUAAAACCAAAACAGAUGGAAAGAAUAAUGGGGGCUCAAAGCGUUAUAGCCGCAAGCGUGAGCCCACUUUGGCCAAGGCUGAGAGCUUUCCGGGCCCACGCCGCUCCCAGCCACAUAAAAGCAAGAAUUUUGACAAGAGACCCCCUCAGAGAGGUGGCGGAGGGGGGAGACAGUAUGGACUGGCUGGUGGUGGAAGAAGAGAAGAGGUAGCAGAGAACCGCCGGGCAGAGUUUAGCCCGGCUCAGUUUUCUGGACCCAAAAAGAUAAGUCUGAACCACCUGCUCAACUUCACGUUUGAGCCACGAGGAGGCCACUUUGGCUUCGGAGGUGAUGGCCACUCCUGCUGGGGUCGCCGCAACAAGUGGGGUCACAAACACAAGCCCUUCAACAAGGAGCUUUUCCUGCAGGCUAAUUGUCAGUUUGUGGUAAUUGAUGAUCAGGACUAUCAAGCCCACUUCACUGAUCCGGACACUUUGGUGGACUGGGACUGUGUGCAACAAGUGCGCAUCUACAGUCACGAGGUGCCGUCUUGUCCGAUCUGCCUGUAUCCCCCUGUGGCAGCCCACAUCACGCGCUGCGGCCACAUCUACUGUUGGCCAUGCAUGCUGCACUACCUCUCUCUGAGCGAGAAGAGUUGGUCCAAGUGCCCCAUCUGCUAUGAGGCUGUGCACAGCGCUGAUCUCAAGAGUGUGGUAGCCAUGGAGACGCGUCAGUACGUGACUGGUAACGUCAUCACUAUGCGUCUUAUGCGGAGAGAGAAAGGAUCGCUGUUGGCUCUUCCCAGCUGUCAGUGGGUGAAGGUGGAAGAGCCCAUUCAUUUUGGAGAUGUGCAUUUGCGUGCAUACUCCAAGCUGCUGCUGGCGUCUCAGGAGCAGGUUUUGGGUUUGCUGGCUGAAGAGCGGGUGGCUCUCCAAACCCAGCUCAGCCAAGAGAAAGAUGACCCACAGUCCUGCUUCAUACAGAGCGCCUUACUGCAGCUGCAGGAGCGAGAGGAGGGUCUUUUGAAGGGAGGCUGUAAAAAUGGUGGAUUUGUUGAUGGGGCAGACUUGAGGAAACUGUCUCUAUCUGGACACUCCUCUCCAGAGGUGGUCAAUAACCUCCCAAACUCAAAGCCCAUCCUGAAGUAUGCUUCAGCGUUUGAUGAUGAGCUUCAGGAGGCUCAUGAGGAGCCCGUGGAAGAGAGUGUUGCUCAGAGUGUUCCUGAAGUGGCCGAAGAGAUGCCUGAAAGAGCUGUGGAGGACAAACCUGUAGAAGAGACACCUCAGACCAGCCAGGCCGCUCAUCAUGGCCCAUAUUACUACUUCUAUCAAGCUGAGGAUGGUCAGCAGAUGUUUCUGCACCCUGUGAACGUGCGCUGUCUGCUGAGAGAGUACGGGAGCCUGGAGAACAGCCCUCACACGAUCACGGCUAACGUAGUGGAGAUUGAUGGACAGACUGUCACUGAGGAAAUUCGCCGUCGGCAUCGUUACCUCUCUCACCUGCCCCUCACCUGUGAGUUCAGCCUGUGUGAGCUCAACCUUCAGCCUCCCGUUCUCUCAAAAGAGACCCUGGACAGCUUCGCAGAUGACUUGGAGAAACGGAAGCGCUUGAGGCAGAAGAAAGCAAGGGAUGAAAAGAGAAGGGAGAAGAGGAUUGAAAUGGAGGAAAACAGGAAACAUGGCAGAUAUCCAGAGGUGCACAUUGGGCUUGAGAACUUCCAGCAUUUUCCAGCUUUUGGAUCUCCUCCUCAGAGCGACUCACAGCUGCAGCUCCCAGAGCUCCUGCUGGGACCCCCGUCUCCUCUAAGCAGUCCUUCAUCAGAUGGAGUGAUGUUUCCUAAUCUGAUUGAGCACAGUGUAGCCAGUGUGGAAGAAGAUUCUCACUGCAUGUCCUUCGCUCAGAUGCUGAAAGAUGGGAAGGCCCGUGGGGAUGGUGGGCCUAAAACCACCCCAAAGAAAGCAGACAUGUUCCUGGCCCCUCCUCUGGCAGACAGUGAUGGAGAGAGUGAUGGCUCUGAUCGGGUCCCAGUACCCAGUUUCCAAAACUCCUUCAGUCAGGCUUUCGAGCAGGCUUUGUCCCAGCUGGACCAUGGAAAUCAAACUCCAGCACAGGCUUUACCCAUCCCUGAUGAGAAAGGGGGGAAGAAGAAGAAGAAAAAGCAGAAGCUUCUGUUCAGCACCUCUAUGGUUCACACAAAGUAAACACUGAAGUCCACCCUUCCACUCCUGUUUCUACCUUCUGCCUUAUUCCUUCCAUAUGCUUAGGCUUCAUUAUGACCCUCAAAAGCUUUUUUUUUUUUUAAUAUGCCCCUGUUGAAUGAGACCCUCUCCAGACAUUCAGUGACCUGCAGGAAGUUCAGUAGCUGCAGUGAUUGUACACUCGUCCUGUGUUUCUUACAGAAGGGCCAUAUGUGGAAAUUGAAAAGCUCUAGAUCAGGAAUAUUUCACAUGGUGCUGUAGCUCAUAGCUGCUAUUUCAAUAUUGUCCAGAAUGAGAGUGGGGAAGAAUGACAUGGUUGUUGGUUAUGGGUUGCAGUUAUUUAUUUUGGGGGGGUCCUGAGGAAGCAGUCAGCCAGCUGCAGAAACGUCCUGUCCCUCCCAUCAUAUCUGUGACACCUUUGUCCUUCAACCAUGGUGCUUUGAGUCUGGGAUAUUAAAUUUAGCGAUGCUAACAGCCAAAAUAACACAAAGUGAAGAACCAGUGGUGAUGAUUUUGAGCAUUUGAGUUCUUCUUCCUGUCAGUCACAUGCACACAAACUAUUCUGAUUGUAACACUUUCUUGCCUGUUUACAAGCCUCCACACAUUUUCUUCCUGUUUAUUAACAAGCUCUGAGCUCUUGGUGUGAACUUCAGUCUGUAUUUAACUCUUACCAGUUGUUAUUAUCUUUCCAGCCUGAGAACUGCCUUUCACAAACAGACAAUUGAAUAAGUAAAAUAAAAUAAAAAAUUGUUCUGCUGGAAUAGCUGAGAAUUUAGUGAGUCUUUUAAAGCACUUGAUUUUAUUCGAACCUUCAUUUAUUAGCCAGGAUUCAGAGCUGCUCACGUUCAUUAGUGUUCAGAUGUUAAAAGGCAUCAAAGAGCAGCCGACUCUUCUAUUUGCUACGUGUUCAGUGAAGAAAAUAUGUAAAGACCGAGAAAAGGCUUUAUAAAAUGUUGUAGAGGGUUUAAUUUUUAUCUCUCUUUUUUUUUUUCUGAUGAAACCUGUGAUACAGAACCUGCAUAUAGACUUAAGUUGAAAUGAAUAAAGGAUUAUGCACUGGCAUUUGGUUUGUUUAGUUUAGAACUGAUUUCAUUUCACUUAUUAAAAGACCUUUUUUUUCCAACAUCUUUUAACAGAAAUAUUUUGGCUUUUCUGAUUGUAAUCUCAGAUGGCUUUGCAAUAAAAUAUUAAUUACAGGUUUA